UUCGACUUGUUCUGCCCCUCCCCCCUUAUGUACCAACAUUUGCUGUUUGCUUGCAAAAAACGAUCACCACUAAAAAGGCUGUGAAGAUGGACCAAUGGUUUGAGUACAAAGGAGCACUCUUUGACCCAAAAACCAUCACAAAAGACUCCCUCGACGUCAUCCCUGAUUACGUCAUACGUGAUGAUGACGUCGUUAUUGUGACGUAUCCAAAAGCAGGAACGAACUGGAUCAUAGAAAUCGUGAACAAGUUGAUGAGGGCUGCUGGGAGGACAGAUGUUCGCACAGAAGACAUACCGUGGAGCAUUGAAGCAACAUUGCCAGGAUUUGGACAGCCAGGUCACGUGAUCAUGGAGGACCAACCGUCGCCGAGGAUCAUCCACACGCACCUUCCGUGGCAUCUGGCACCCAAAAUGAUCACAAGUCCGAAAGGAAAGUUCAAAGCUAUAGUGGUGAUGAGGAACCCUAAAGACACGGCUCUCUCCUGGCACAACUUUAAUCGCAAGUUGGAAGCAUCGACCGGUCUUCAACGCGACACACCCUGGGACGAGUUUGUACAGCAUUUUCUUGAUGGAAAACUACUACGUGGUGAUUUCUACGACCACGCCCUCGGCUGGUGGCAGAUGCGAGACGACCCCCACUUCCUGUUUCUGAAGUAUGAAGACAUGAAAAAGGACCUGCCCAAUGCUGUAAAGAAGAUAGAGGGAUUCUUGCACAUUAGUUUGGAUGACGUCACUACCGCAAACAUCGUCGAGUCGUGCACCUUUGCCAGUCUGACGUCUGCUUGGGCCGAUUCGGGAAACCAAGCCAAAACUCUCAUCGCCAGGAAAGGUGCGGUCGGUGAUUGGAAGAACAGUUUCUCUGAAUCUCAGAAUAAGGCGUUCGAUGCCAAGUACAAGGAGAGACUGGAGGGAACCGGUCUGCAGUUUGACUUUGAGUAAACAACUAUACAAGGGAUUGGGACGGAUCACAGUGAUGAUGACAGUUUUACUGUGUAACGUUUCAUAUUUCGCUUUUGACAAAUGAUAAAAUUGUAAUUGUGUUGCUUUGCUUUGUAGUAUACGUAUCAACUGUUGCAAUUGAAAAUUGGCCUGCGAGCCGAUUUGAGCUUUCAUGAAUUAACAAAGGUUCAAAAAAGAAAAACUGUUAGUUACAAGCACAUUUUGUGAAAUAAUGUUAUAUACAAUGAAAUGAUGUGAACUUAUAGAAAUAUUCCAAACAUGUACUGUUCACUUGUUGUCUCCAAGCGUUCCCCAACUUAGUCAUGAUAGCUCAAAUUAUACACAACGGUCAGAGCACCUUUCAGAUUGUAUAUCACUACCAUCAGAAUGAAAUUCGAAAACAGGCAUUUUAGAUAUUGGUAUAUAACCUUUGUCCUCGCUUUCUGCCUGUGUUUGAAUAUUUAUCUCUAUAUAAUUUGGUGGAUACAUCCAAACGAACGCGUAAGGGACAUACCACCCGGUCCAGGCCAAGGCCAGCUACUUAUUCCCGUAUUUGCAAGCUCAGUAUUUCGUUGAUCAUUUCAUUAACAUCUCCAUGCUAAAUGUGGAUAUGAAUAAAAUCAAAGUCUACAAGUUACCCACAUUGUUUUCGCUUUACUAUAAAUGCAAAAGCUAAGAUACGAAAGCCUUUGCCUUUCGAUUAAAUCAUCUAAGCAUGCUUAAAUGUGCAAACAAAUUUGCACAAACGGACUUUAUAGUUGUGCUUAAACGUAAAUCUUUUUUUAUCUAAAAUAUCAGUUACUUAUGUUGAGCGGUAUAAUCGAAAUGCCAUUCUGCUUCCACGCAAGGGUGUUAUUUUCGUCCAUUGAGCCCGCUUGCUCUCAGUACUUAGCGUGCCCAUGGCAAUGCAGAUCGAACGCCGUGGCACGAGAAGUCGGUCCGUCAUUUGCAUUUCCCUUGGGCUUGGCUCAAACUACGGAGAAAAUUACAAACGUUCAAUAAUCAUUUCUCCCAUAAAGAAUAUAUUCCUAGCCUAAAAUGUUUUAGAAAACAGAAUAUAGGUAUCCAGGCUGAUCCGAAUUGGA